AUGACGGACGAACCGCAGAAUAUAAGGGGUCUCUUCCUUACCGCUGAGCGCGUGAGACAGAGCCUUGUUUCGCCAUAUGAGCCCAACAGUCCCGCCUAUCAAGAAAACCUUACCAUGACUAUUGCCACUUAUGAAGAAUGCCUGAAACUGGCAGAACAAGUCUCGCUUUUCAGUCCAAACGAGACACUCGAAGACAUUUCAUCCUCGGAGUUACAAUACAUGGCCAUCAACCAUCACCUAGCAGAACUGGUGCAAAAGAUUUCCAGUACAGAUAUUUCCAUCCGAAAACAGAACCUGUUACGUGCGCGGACAUACUACGAGAAAUUCCUGAAACUCCUGGAUUCUUAUGACCUGCUUAACAAGGCGGACGCUAAACUCUUCGAGGCCUACAUGGAAGACAAAGACAACUUCUCUACAGCAAACACGCGGGAUCCUGCCGCACGACGCGAAGCCAAGAUCAGCCGGUUCAGAGAAGAGAAGGAGCUCAAGAGGAAAAUCGAAGUAUGCUGCGCCACUACUGCUUCUGUUAGGCGUCAAAACACUGCUAACGUACAAGCGCAGUAUUUGCAACACAAUCCUAAACUUGCAGAACAAGACGAACAGGUCGUUCGUGAUCUUCAUUUGACGAAUCUAGCCUUCAUGGUGCAUCAGACAUUUCAAUCACUAGAGUCUUUGGCCCAAGAAUUGCACAUCAUCUCUCUGGCGCCGCCCACGCCCCCACAAGGACAACCUGGAAGCCCGCAAGAUGGGCGCGAAGAUGAUCGGAACAAGGACGGGUACUCUGAGCGUCUAGACGGCGGCUUUGCUGGCCUGCGGUACUCGGGCCCCAUCUUGGACAGCGCUGGCAAGCCAAUGCGACCCUUUACCUUGCUGGACAGUCGACAGACGCUGAAGAAGAAUGUGUUCCGGCCAGACCAUAGCCUACCCACCAUGACGAUUGAUGAGUACCUCGAGGAGGAAAAGCGAAGAGGCGGCAUCAUCGAAGGCGGAGGUCCGCAGUCCGAGAUCCGACCCGAGCCCAACGAGGACGACCUCGUUGCCGCAGACGAAGAAACCAUGAAGCAGCGCGCAUGGGACGAGUACGUCGAAGCGAAUCCAAAGGGAUCCGGCAACACCUUGAACAGAGGUUAA